AUGUCCAGCAACGAACUACUGUACUGGAGAAACCCAGUCGAGACCGGAAAGGUCUUCGGUGGCAUUCUAGUAUCGCUACUUGUGAUGAAGAAGGUCAACCUUAUCACCUGCUUGCUGAAGGUGAUGUACACAAUAAUGCUAACCACAGCCUCAGUGGAAUUCCUGUCAAAGCUCUUCCUCGGACAGGGGAUGGUGACCAAAUACGGGUUGCAAUCUUGCCCUGACGCCGUUGGAUUUCUGAAGCCUCGCAUUGAGGCCGCGUUGAACGCAAUUCCCCCAAGACAAGCGCAAUUGCGCAAGUUGGUCAUGGCGCAGUCUCCUAAGUGCACUUUCAAGGCCGCCGGUAUUCUGUACGUUCUGCACAAGCUGUUCAGCGUCGUUUCGCUGUGGACAGCCCUGUUCGUGGGUACCAUUCUGACUUUCUCUUUGCCUUUGAUCUACAAGUCCUACCAGAAGGAGAUCGACGCCACUGUCGCCCAGGGUGUUGAGGCCGGAAAGCAACACGCCUCCGCCCUACAGUCAACAGUCUGUGAGAAGGCCUCUCCAUACGUGAAGCAAUUGGAUGAGAAGUUGGGCCCUGUGUCUGGCUUUGUCAAGUCCAAACUACCAGCUACUAGAGUUGGCGGCUCCAACAUCACUGCCGAGUCUACCACCACCAAGCUGGCUGCCGACGUCCCAUUCGAGAAGCCUGCUCCAGCCAAGACUUCUGCCUCUGCAUUCCCAGCUGCCACUUCCCAUAUCCCCACUGAAACCCCAUUGGCCUCUGCCGAUGCUGCUUCUGCUCCUGCCACUGCUAAAACCUCUUCUGCUGACUUCCCUUCUGUCCCUUCUACUGACUUUUCUAAGAUUCAAGCCACAGAGCAGAUUAACGAGACUGUGAAGGAUGCCACCACCGGUAUCUCCCACAGCACCGAUCCUCUCAAGGAAUUGUAG